AUGUUACUCGUGCAGAGAUUCUGCUCGAUCGAUUGGUGUGAAGAAAUUGAUAUGUUACUGCAGAGAUUCUGCUCGAUCGAUUGGUGUGAAGAAAUCAAUAUGUUACUGGAAUUCUGCCCGAUCUACUGGUGUGAAGAAAUUGAUAUGUUACUGGUCAAAGCCUGCUCGAUCGAUUGGUGUGAAGAAAUUGAUAUGUUACUUGUCAAAGCUCAGAGUACUGAGAUUUGA